CUUGGCUGGUAUGUUGACCGGAACAACGAGGGUACUUUCUACAUGGAUACUCUCACUGGAGCUCCAUUUGUUGCCUUGCAGGCCACGGCUACGUUAACUGUCGGCUCGACAGAGGCUCACGGCGACCUCUUCCUCAGGGUCAAGAUCUCUGGCAUGGAAGACAACGAGUGCCAGAUCUUGAAGUUAGAUUUGGCACCAGCCUCGUUUCUUAAUCUCCCUUUAAAAUAUUGUAUAUAUCCAACUUGCGUUCAUCUUAAACUUUCUGUAUUUGAACGCCUAUUUAUCAUCAAUGUUAUAUUUCGUAAGCUAAUUUUCCCUCACGGGUGGAGCGUGAACGGAUACAGGCCAGGGAGCGUCAGGACCCACAUCGUGCCUGUCCCUCAGAACGGCGGCAUAACGAGCACACAGGUCGAGCUCGAGUAUGUUGUCAACGAUCUCUGGAUCGGUUCGAACUCCUACUCAAUUGAGAUCGCUUUCCGUUGA